GCAUCAAGCCCAAAGAAAUACUAGAGUUAGCAUAUCUUGGUUUGAAAAAGAAUAAUGAAAAUAUUAAACCUUGUAAUAAUUUCAAGCCUAUUGCUCAAACAAAUGACGACCCUAAUUCUCGCAGAUGUUGGUACUGCUGCUUCUUACGGACCUCCGUACAUACCUACUUCUUGUGAUGGAAGUAGGAGAGAGCAGUUUCCUCCCGGUAACAUGUUUGUGGCAGUGAAUGAAGGGUUAUGGGAUAAUGGUGCAGCAUGUGGGAGAAGAUACAGAGUGAGAUGUGUGAGUGGAAUGAAUAAGCCAUGCAAAGGUGGUAGUAUUGAUGUUAAAGUUGUUGAUUCUAUUACUUCUUGUACAAAGUCUUCAUGCCCCCACACUUUUCAUAUGUCAACGGAAGCAUUUGCAGCUAUCUCACGUUUCCUUAAUGCAAAUAUCAAUAUUGAAUAUAUUCAGAUAUGAUGGAUAUAGAAAAUUCCACUGAGAGACCAUUGGUCAAAAUGUUGCAGAAUUAUAUGGGAAUUGAAUAAACACACGAUAUAGAUUUUAUGUAAUUCAUUAUCGAUACAUAUUCUAAGAAGUAGCAAAUCAAAUUAAUGUUUUUGCUUUCUUUCCAUUAUUUGCCUUUAAACAUACUGUUAAACUGCAUAAACACACUUUUCCACACCGCCUUAACAAACCUGCAUACCCCUUUACUCUUGAUCAAUACAACUUCUCUUUUGCUUAUAAAAAAACAAA